AUGAGUGCCGUAUAUUUAGGUGUUGAAGAGAUUGGCGCAGAAAUUCAAUGCAAAUCCUCAAAUCGUUCAUUAGAGGAAAAACUAAUCGAACAAAUUGAGAAUCAGCAAUUAUGCGGAAAAAUCAAGCGAAGUUCGAAUGAUCCAAAAAACGAGAUUCUUAUCGAAAUUUCCAAAUUUGGGCUCAAAAUUGUGCAUCGAAAGAGUUCUGACGUGAUUUUGCGUGUUCCACUGCUCCAAUUGGUCGUUUUCACAACAUUCAACGAUGGCUACGGAAAGACCAACGCAAUAAUUCUGGAGAGCAGCGAGAAGCGCUUCAAGUGCCAUCUCGUCCAAUUCGCCACUGACGCUGACGCGUCAAAAAUGUGCAAAAUGGUGCAAGGGUGUUUCCAAGAAGCCGAAGAAGCCCGAAUGCUUCUCGACAACACCGAACCGCCAAGUCCAUCAAAUCCCGAAUUGUUUCAUAAAUGA